AAAUGGAAGCAUGUUAAAACCCAUAUCCCCCAAUUACAAUUUAGACACAAAUUCACAAACCAUACACCGUGCUCAUCAUCACCAAUGGAAGAUCAGAGGCCAUUCAGCUUCAGCCGCUUUCGGCUGCCUUGGGUAACAGCUGCGCCUCGACCUCCAGUGGAACCACAAACCCCUCGUCCAACUAUUCCAAUUCAAGCCCCUGCACAACCAACAGCCAUCAUUACUCAACGCCCAUUUCGACCUGGAUUACCCUCGGUACAAAUCGACGAACCAGUGCAACCUCUUGCAGCCAGUACAUCACAGGUCACUGGCCAGCCAACUCCAUUAUCAACAACUCAAACUCAGGCUGCCCCUGUACCAUCAUUAUCUUCUCAGACAUUGUCACCAUCUCGUGCAGAAAGCGAACCAGCACAAUCUCUUGCAACCAAUGCAUCACGAGUCACCGGCCAGCCAGCUACAUUAUCAACAAUUCAACCACAGGCUGCCUCUGUACCACCAUUCUCUUCUCAGACACUAUCACCAUCUCGUGCAAGAAGCGAGAAUCGUGCUGCAUCUCGAACCAGGUCACCAUCUCGGGCACCAAAAGUAUCUCCGCCCUCCUCGCCACCAAAUAUAUUACAAUCCACCACACAAAAGAUCUCUCAGCCUCGCUCAGAGCCGGGCGGGAAGGGGAAGGAAAAUAAAGAGAGAAAGGAUGUUGAAGACAAGCUUAAAAAAGAAGCAAACACAAAUAAUCCAGCUGAAGAUGAACCGUUAAGGAGUGCAAUCGCUGAGCUCCUAACUGGAUCACAAGGCAGAGAAUUACAUUCUGUUACAUUUGAUUCUGAGCAGAAGCUGCAUGAUAAGGAUGACAAGAAGAAACAUAUCAAAACUGCGAGUUCAACUCAUCCGAAAGCCAGGAAUCAAUCAACAGAAUCUCAACAAAAGCCAAGCAUGUCCAGUGGAGGAAAAGUUCCAUUGCAUCAAGAAAUUAGGGACGAUAUUUCUAAGUUCAUCCAUAAGCUGGGAAUGGGGAAGCUAAAGCAUCCCAUGGAUGAAAAGCCGGUUAGCAUUGUGACAAUAGCCGGUGAAAAUACAGGCGCAUCAAUGUGUGUGGGUGCUGAACCGCCACAAAAAGAUGGCUCCAUACAUAUUCACCGUGGCUAUAAGCUCAAUCCAGACGACAGCGGAGGAACAACUACUGAUGGGGAAGGAAGCGGAAAGGAAACAAGAUCUAACAAUCCAAUCGAAGAAGAUCCAGAAUCAAAGGCAUAUGUGAACAGCAAUAUUCAGAGUAUUAAUAACUCGAUUGUAUUUGACAGUUCAAUGACUCAUCAAAAUCCUGGUGUUCAUCUGGCUUUUUCUGAUAACCUAGAAGAACAGGACAAGCCAGUUGACAAACCAGAUCCUGUCGAGACACACAAAGCUGAAGUCAGCAUCACCCCAGCUCAAAAACUUACUUAUGACCCAACUAUUAGACGACGAUGCCUCAGAGGACUUUUCUUGGAAUCAAGCGACUCAAGUGAUGAUAAUUCUGAUAAGCCUCGAAGACAUGGAUGUCGCUACGUCUGUAGAGAAAGAGCAGAGACAGACAUAGGCGUUCCCUGAACUAGCGAGUUAUGACAUAUGGUAUUUAUACACCAGCAAACAUACAUAAUUUACUGGCACAACAAUAACUGUGAAUCACAAAACUGAUAAUAAGGAUGCAUUUCAUCCAGAAACCAAUACUUUUGUAAUAAGGAUGCAGUUUCAUCCAGAAACCAAUGCUUUUGUAUGUUAUGUUUCAGCGAUAUAAUAGUAAUAUACGUACACGACAAUAACAGUGAAUCACAAAACUGAUAAUAAGGAUGCAGUUUCAUCCAUUGUAUGUUAUGUUUCAGCAAUACAAUAGUAGUGAACGUUUUUGUUGACUA